AUGCAUUGGAUAAGUUUGCAGACACCUGCAGCCGGGCUGGUGUGCCUGCUGAUGGCUGCGGGCACCCCGGCACUCAAGUUGAGCGCUCAGUCUGAGAAGGUCGCUGAGGCGUUGAAUGCUCCGAGUGUGUUUCAAUCCCAGCUCAGACCGUGUCCUGCUGAGUGCACCACCCUCAACCCCAAUGACUGGACCGUUUAUCCAUCCUUUGAGCGUGUCUCCUACUGCCAUGAGCCAGUUAUUUUCGAUUUCGCUAUCCAUACUCCUGUUGACGAUCCGUCUAAAACCCUACGGUUCCGUGCCUGCACUGCAGGAGAUCGGAAUGAGACUACAACCGUCUUCGCGGCAGCUCACAGCGCGCGGCCGUCAAGUGAUUCAGUCUACGAUGCUAGCCUCAUUCGCGAGUCCAAGGUGAGGAUGCAGACUAUGCAGGAAACAACAUCUCUCAAGAGCACCAGCAACCACGUCGCUGUGACGCUAGCGAAUCUGCAGUCAUAUCUUCUCGCUGGGGAGGAUUUGACCAAAGGGAUUAUGCUCGGCUACUACGAAGGAGUCGUUGUUGGCGUGUACAUCGGUCAGGCCUUUGGUCGAGCCACUGCUCACUCUGUUAUCAAUCACAUCUUGCAAGCCGAGGGAAGCGCGCCUCCUGCCUCGAUCACACAGCUUUGUGGCGACGAUCGGGAUCGACACCAUGUAUUUGGUAUCGCAAUCUCAGCUACAAGCGACCUGGCCGCUGUACAGGCCGCAUUAGUCUCAUGGUCCAAGGGCGAAUGCGCGACGGGCUCUGGCAAAAGCGCGACCUCAGUCCCAAAUGUUAGUAUUUGGGAGGUAUCGCAGAAUCGAGGCAGCAGUACCCCGUCCAAUUCUACGACCCUUACAACGUCCCACGCCAAGAACCUCAUUGCUCGCGAUGCCAAAUAUUGCGAGAAGCGGACGGUUGUCUUAGGUGAUACUUGUCCCAGUCUGGCCAAGGCGUGCGGAAUUACCGUCGACCAGUUCUACGAGUACAACUCCAAAGACAUUUGCCCGAAACUCAAGGCCGACCAGAAGGUCUGCUGCACAAGCGGGUCCCUGACGCCCCAGCCGUACGACAAUGGAACAUGCUACACAUACAAGACCCAAGCCGAUGAUAACUGCUACGAACUGAGCAAGACCUGGAGCCUGACUCAGGACGAGAUUGCCAAAUUCAAUGACGGCACCACCUGGGGCUGGAAUGGCUGCGACAACCUGGGUGCUGGGCUCAAUAUCUGUCUCAGUAAGGGUGAUCCUCCGCUUCCAGCCGUGAUUCCCAACGCCGUCUGCGGCCCUCAGGCCCCAGGCACGAGUAUUGAUGGAUCAAUCACCAACGCCUCAGAUCUAGCUAAGCUUAACCCAUGCCCGCUGAACUCCUGCUGCAACAUCUGGGGUCAUUGCGGAAUAGACUCGAGUUUUUGCACCGAGUCAAAGGGUCCAACGGGGAAUCCAGGUACAUCAAAGCCCGGCGUCUUUGGCUGCAUAUCCAAUUGCGGCACUGAUAUUGUGAAUAAUGAAGAGGGGCCAUCGGCUGGUUACCAGCGCGUGGGCUACUAUGAGACGUUUAAUUGGGACCGCGAAUGUCUACACAUGCGGGCGGAGUGGUCGAACACUCUUAACUACACUCACAUGCAUUGGGCGUUUGGUGGCAUCGGCGAGGACCUAUCUGUCUACAUUAACAAUACUUAUGAGCAGUGGGAUGGCUUUAAGAGCUUGAACAAUGUCAAGAAAAUUGUAUCUUUUGGCGGGUGGGGUUUCUCCACUGAAGGUUCAACGUACGACGUUCUUCGCAGAGCGAUGGAGCCCGCCAACCGCGAUACAUUCGUCAAGAACAUGGUUGCAUUUGCUCAGGCGGCCGGAGUAGAUGGAAUUGACAUCGACUGGGAGUAUCCUGGGGCCCCUGAUAUCCCCGGAAUCCCUCCUGGACUCGAGUCAGACGCUCCAAACUACCUUGCAACACUAAAGGCAUUGAGAAAGGAACUCCCUGAGGAAUUUUCUUUAUCAAUUGCUGCCCCCGCUUCUUAUUGGUACCUUAAAGCGUUCCCGAUCAAGGACAUGGCUGAGACCGUCGACUACAUCGUGUACAUGGCAUAUGAUCUACACGGCCAGUGGGACUAUGGGAACAUCAAUGCACAGUCGGGCUGCGAAAGCGGUAAUUGCCUUCGCAGCCACGUUAACGAGACUGAAGUCCGUUCGACACUUGCCAUGAGUAAGCCUCCAGAUUCCUACAAUUCCGUUGAACAACGUGACUUACUGGUAAACCGCACAGUCACAAAGGCCGGUGUCAAGACCAACAAGAUUAUGGUGGGCGAGUCCAGUUAUGGGCGGUCAUUCAAAAUGGCCGAAGCUGGCUGCACAGGACCAAACUGCUUUUUCACCGGCACAAACGCAACCUCAAAUGCAAAGCCGGGUCGGUGUACCAACACCGGUGGUUACCUCGCCAACGCUGAGAUCAAUGAGAUCAUUUCGAAGCGAGGCGACUCGGUAAGAACUUGGUAUGACGACGAGUCCGCCAGCGACUACAUAGUAUAUGAUGAUCUGGAGUGGGUGGCGUACAUGGGCGCCAAUACCAAACAGGCUCGAAGGGACACUUGGGAGAAGCUCAACUUUGCCGGCACCAUCGACUGGGCUGUUGAUCUCCAGGACUUUAACUUGGCUGACACAGUCGGCAAUACGGGAGACUACGACGAAGAGUCAUGCAUCAACAUCUUCGAUAACAUGAUCUGGGAUUGGGCUAACCCUGUCAUCGAGGCCCCUGAAGGCUGCACAAAUCUGAUUCAAGCAUCCCCGCUGGCCACAACCGUCACGAGGACAGCAUAUACCACUCUCACGUUGGUUUCUGGAGGCACUUUGAGCACCACGGUCGUUUCCACUGCCUUUCCUAUCUCCGAGGUCAACUACCAGCCAUUCACACUCGCCUCUACAGACACGGUGAGCGACACCGUUAUCACAUAUAGGCCCAUCCCGCGAGUGACGCCUAACCCGAUGUCGGUGACGGUGCCGCAGGGGUGGACUGUUACAUCUCCUGGCGGCAGUGUUGAUGGACCUUCAACAACGACACCGACGCUGGUCGGUCCACCUAACGCAGGUGCUACUACUACAACCAGUACCACUACUACCCACGAAGCUGGCUUUCUCAUGUGGAUCACCUGGCUGCCAACGGUGGCUUACAGUCUGCCCUCCAUUGUCACGCCGAAGCUUCCGGCGCCCACCCGCAUCCCCGACGAUGACAGCUCACCCACUCCGACGCCGAGCCCAGGAGUCACGGACUGUAUCGGGGACACGUGUACAGAGGGCCCUGACUGCACUAACAGCGACUGUACCCGUGGCGGAGACUGUACUGGGCCCAAAUGCACCCGCGGCGGCAAAUGCAGUGGCAAAAACUGCGUUCGUGGCGGUACGUGCAUUGGCGAGAACUGCGCAAAUGGUGGAGACUGCGAGGGCGACGGCCCAGGAGCCUGCACCGGUCCCGGCUGCAAGAUCGAUUUCGGUUGUCCGGCUUGCGACAAUAAGAUCACCAUCACCGUCCAUCCGGGUGGUGGAAGUAACCCUAAGCCGACGCCCCGGCCAACCUGUCUCGAGAAUUGCCCAAAGCUGCCUCCCUGCCCGGGUGGUAGCACCGAGUGCAACACGCCAUGCAAUGCGAAGAGAUGUCCGGCACAGAGUAUGCCCACGGAUAAAGCCUGCACCAGCCUCACCACUGUGGACGCUUGUACGGAGAUCAUUAGCAGCACGGCGGUCCAGACCUCCCCGGUUACCAGUUACUCGACGACCACGCGCACCCGCUGCGACAAAACAGCCGACUGUGACGCGCAGGACAUGACUGUAACAACAACGAUCACUACCAGCCAUGAGCCGGAUCCCACGGUCAUGGCAACGGGCAUAUAUGAUUACUGGGAAGAUGGGGUCGACGACAGGGCUGUAUUUGAAUCUAUUGCUUCCGAAUACGACGAGUGGGAACGAACCGCGGAUAUCCCUUUCCCUACCACCACUUCUACCACCGGCACGACCACAAGCACCGCGGGACCGACCCCGACUGCCGCCGAUGGUUGUGCUAUCAUGGAUAACGUCCAAGGAGUGUGUUGGAACAAGUGUGAUCCGGCAACUGGUCAAGCCGUCGAUGGGGUAUGGGAAGAUGGUGAUCCGUGGUGCUGGCUGAAAGAUGACGAUAUAGGUGCCUUUUGCAACCACGUGGAGGACUGCCCAUCGGAAUUCCAAUGCCAACCGAGUGAUUGGCCACGAGGCGGGUGUAAACAACCAGAACCCGUCUCCGGCGGUUGUGCUAUCAUGGGUGGCACCCAGGGAGUAUGUUGGAGCAAAUGUGAUCCGGCCACGUCUGAACCUGUUGAGGGGCAGUGGAAGAAGGGAGACCCUUGGUGCUGGCUCAAGGAUGACGAUAUCGGCGCCUUUUGUAACCAUGCGGAGGACUGCCCGGCGAACCUCCAGUGUCAACCAAGUAGCUGGGAGUACGGAGGGUGUUCGACAAACACGCCCCUUUCCCGCCAGGCUCUCAUGCUUGCCUUUAAUGGGACGUCCAGCGCUAUCACAAGACCCCAGGGCCUCCGGCUUGAUAUAUACUAUUAA